CCGCCGCCAUGGUUAUGUCCCAGGGCACUUACACGUUCCUCACGUGCUUCGCCGGUUUCUGGCUCAUCUGGGGUCUCAUCGUCCUACUCUGCUGCUUCUGCAGCUUUCUGCGUCGCCGCCUCAAACGGCGACAGGAGGAGCGACUACGUGAGCAGAACCUGCGCGCCCUCGAGCUGGAACCCCUGGAGCUCGAGGGCAGCCUGGCUGGAAGCCCCCCAGGCUUGGCGCCGCCGCCGCCACCGCAGCGCGGCCGCCUCGAGGCGCCGGCGCACGCUCAUCAGCACGUGCACGUCCACCCUCUGCUGCACCACGGGCCGGCGCAGCCACACGCACACCCGCACGCACACCACCACGCGCUUCCGCACCCGCCGCCGGCGCACCUAGCGGUGCCGCCAAGGCCUUGGAGCUACCCACGCCAAGCGGAAUCGGACAUGUCCAAGCCACCGUGCUAUGAAGAGGCGGUGCUGAUGGCCGAGCCGCCGCCGCCCUACAGUGAGGUGCUCACGGACACGCGCGGCCUCUAUCGCAAGAUCGUCACACCCUUUUUGAGCCGCCGAGAUAGCUCGGAGAAACAGGAGCAGCCGCCGCCCAGCUACAAGCCGCUCUUCCUGGACCGGGGUUACACGUCGGCACUGCACCUGCCCAGCGCUCCACGGCCCGCGCCACCCUGCCCUGCGCUCUGUCUGCAAGCGGACCGUGGCCGCCGGGUCUUCCCCAGCUGGACCGACUCCGAGCUCAGCAGCCGCGAGCCGCUGGAGCAUGGAGCUUGGCGUCUGCCGGUCUCCAUCCCCUUGUUCGGGAGGACUACAGCCGUAUAGAGGGGCGCCCGGCGUUCUGGGCCCCACCCGCACGGACUUGUGGCCUGACUGCGGGGCUUUUUAAAUGCUUCCCUUGGA